CCGCCCCUGCCGGCCCGCCCUGCUCGGCAACCGGUGCCGCUCCCGCCGCGGCCCCGCCAUGAGCGGCGGGGCCAGCCGCCCGAGCCCGCCGCCCGCUGAGGGCGAGCCGCCCCCCAGCCCCUCGGAGGGCUCGCCGCUGUCGCUCGCGUCCCGCUGCAGCUCCCCGGGCCGUGAGGAGCCGGAGCAGGAGCGGGCGGAGGCUCCCGGAGGCUCCCGGAGCCCGCCGGGCCAUAGGAAGGCUGAACACUCUGAAACAGCAGUGGGGAGAAAAGUGUCACCUUUGAAAGAUAACCUUUCACCAUGGGAAGAGUGGUUCAUUGGCAAAGAGAAGGAGCUGCGUGCCCGCUUACAGGCCAGAGCUGCAGAGGAAAUGAAUAAACAACUCGAGGAAAUGAAGCAAAAUCAAGAAUGGGAAAGAAGAAAAAGAAUAGCUGAAGAGAAACACAAGGAAUGGGUCUUAAAAAAGAGAGAAGAGGAAAGAAGAGAAAGAAAACGAAAACUGAACAAAGAAAUGACAGAAAAAGCCACAAGGGAACUAGAAAAAAUGCAGUUAAAAGAAAAGGCUGACGUAAAGUAUAAAGAAUGGUUAGAGAAGAAGAGAGCUGAAGAGGCAGAAAAGAAGAAAAAAGAGAAGGAAAAAGAAAAAGAACGGGAGGCUGAGCUACAGGAGAAGAGAACAAGAUCAGAGAAAAUCUUUAAGGAAUGGCUGCAAAAUGCUAGAAAUAAACCACAACCUGCUUUAAAUGGUUAUGGUUUCCCACAUGGGAGGUCUACAGGGAGUGCUGAUAGAAAUUUGUAUCCAGCUCCAGCAUAUUGUAACCCCAUUCCUUGGAAGCCGGUACAUGUGCCUCCCCCAAAGGAAGACAGAGUUCUCACCAUGAAGAAGAGUCAGAGACCUGUAUCUUGUCAGCCACGUGCAGCUUUACCAGUGGUGAUUUCUAAGCCCAGGAGUAACCCUUGUACUGGAUCCCUGUGCAGAAAGAAGUUAUAGUCCAGAAGAAAUGUCCUUACAAUCUUGACCAAAUCGGACCAUAAAUGUGACCUUCUGUGUAGUUACAUGUCCAGUGCAGAUUGCUUUGUGUCUUUUUUUCCCCAUUUUUGUGAGCAGGUUUUGUGUUUACUGCUAGUUGACCAAUCAGGCUUUUAAUGUUUUUUUCUAUAUUGCAUUUUAGUUUAAAAAAAAGGAGAAGAUUAAUUGUAAUGGGAGUGUACCUUGAUGCCAAUAAAAUGCACAGGGUUAUUUCUUCCUUUCCUCUCUUGUUGUUAAAGGAGUUCUUUUGUAUGUGUAGUUAUUCUUUUGGGCACCAGUGUUCACUAAGUUAUUUUAAAGAUAAAUUAAUUUGUAACAAAUUGUUUUAAUUUGUAACAAUUUUUAAAACAGUUCUUGGCUUAAUGCAGUAGGAAUUGGCGUGCCUCAGUUCCAGGGUUAUCAUGUCACUGUGAUUGCAGAUACAGUGGGAUAGCUGGAGUGCUGCCAGCAAUGGAUACAGGCUCUUUGCUGGCCCUGAUGUACAAACCAGGGACAGCUGGUCAGGGGUGUGAGGUUUGGUGCCAGUGACGACAUGCAUGAACCUGUGGGUGCACCUGAGAAAGCUGAGGAAGUGGCACAUGUCACUGUAAGGAUACUCUCAGUGGUCUUUGAGAGGUCUGGUGAUAAGGGAGGUUCCUGAGAGCUAGAAGGAAGCGAGUGUCAAGCCAGCCUUCAGCAGGGGUGUGUGCCGGGGUGCAAGCCAGCAGUCAGCCUCACCUCAGUCCCCUGGACAGCUGAUGGAUGUGGCCAGUGCAGCCAGCAGCCUCCUGGGCUGCAGGGGAAGAGUCUGUCCCCUGUACCAUAACUGUGAGACCACACUUGGGGUGCUGGGCCCAUUCCUGGGCAGGAAUGUGCCAGGAAAAGACUGACACUGACAUUCUGGAGGAAGCUCUGUGAAGGGCCACAAAGGUGAUGAAAGGAUUGUAGCACCUGACAGACAGAAGCUGAGGGAGCUGUGACUGUUCAGCAUGAAGGAGAGAAGGUCCAGUACUGUCUCUGAGCAAUGUCUGUAAAAAUCCCUGAUGGCUGGAGAGAGAGAGCAGACCCUUCUCAGUAGUGCCCAGCGAGAGGAGAAGAGGCGGGGAGUGGAAAUCAAAAUACAGGAAAUUCCAUUUAAACGUGAGACAAAAAUGUUAAGAGGAAGAGUCAUCAAAUGCUGGAAAAAAUUGGCCAGUGGUGUGGAGUUUCCAUUCUUGGAUAUACUCAAAACCUGACUGGACAUAGCCCUGAGAAACCUUUUCCAGUUGGUCCUCUAUGGAACAACAGAGUUGGACUAGACCAUUUCAAGAGAUCCAUCCCAAUCUCAACAAUUCUGUUUUUAAUGGUGAAAAGGAAAAAGCAGAAAUAAAAAGACUUAUUUUUUA